AAUAAAAUGAACCUAUUCAGACGAGUUUGCAUCCCCUUUUUGAGAUAGGUACCUAAAAUUGCUACUCCAAGACUUGUGGCACUUUCCUUAUUAACAUCUCACUUAGUUUUAUAUUCAAAAAGAGUUAAUGCAUCUACCACUCCUAAUCCAGAAGCCUCGAAUAAUGGUUUCAAUAAAUAUGAAAAAUUCUCUGAUUAAAUUUAUGAACAAAUUCAUUAAGUAAGUAAUUAAUCAGUAUAAUUAAGACUCAUGAUAUCAUCAUUGUAGUAGAUCCAGAUAGAUUUGUAGAGCAUUUUUUGGAUGAACUACUUUAAGUGGUUGAUUAGGUAAUAAAAGUUUAAAAGGUGAGGUCCAAGAGACCUUUAAAAGUUUUAACUUUAAAUGAACCCAUCACUGAAAAAUUAGUAAGGGAUUUUGAGUAGAAAUACAAAAUUACAAUUGAAUAGGAUACUAUAAUGCUUUUAAAGAAUAAAUAUAUUUAAAGGAUAUAUAAUUUCAAUGCAAAUGAUUAUUUCGAGAAUAGAAUUCUUUUGAUCAAUUAUUUUAAGAAGAUAAAUAAAUUAACCCAUAAAAAGUUAAAUGAAUUCGAAUAAAUAUUAUCAUAUUUACCAUCUACAGAAUCUGCAGUUUUAGUUUACGCUGAUAAAACAUCUCCAUAAUAUAAAAAUGUAUAAACAAGAUUUUGUAUUAUGUAAUAAAAUGAUAACUAUCAAAAAAAUGAAAAAUUACAUUGGAUUCUUAUUGAUAAAGCUGUUGCUGAUAGAUUAGGCAUUUAAAAUAUUCAAAAUGGACAAUUAUUUAUUUUAUAAAAAAGUAGUAAAUUAAAUAAUUUUUAAUCAUCAAUAACUAUAAAUAAUAAAAAGCUACUUAUUACAUCAGCAGGUACUUUAGGUGGUAAAUCAAUGGACAAUGUGAUGGAAGAUUUGACUUAGGCAUACAAUGAUGUAAAUGUAUUUUCAAACAGAAGCUUUGGUAAAUAAGCCACAAAAUACUCGAUUGUGUUGGAAUUAGAUUUAAAUAAAAUACCAAAACAUGAAGAAACUAGAUUAGUAAAGGCUUUUGGAGAAUUGAAAAAGUACCUUAAAGAGACUAAUCCUGAAAUAUUAAAUAAGACUGAGUUUAUUUAUUUGAAUAAAACUCCAAAAGAUAAUCAUUUGGGUUAUUAAGUAUAUAUAAGGGAUGAUGAAAAAUACGGAGAUCGUUUGAGAUAACAUUAAGAAACUAAUAUGGAUAUGAUGAAAAAGUUAAGUGUAUUUAAUGAAUUUGGAUAAGCUCAUAGCUACAUUUUUAGAUUAGAUGAAUAAAUAUAGGUAAGUAAGGACUCAUUGAUAUCAUUUUUUAUGGCUGUAAAGAAUGGACAUGCUAAUGAGUAUUUUCAAACUUAAGAAUAACCAAAAUAUAAAAAGUAUUCUAUCAAAUUAGUUGGUAAGACAUUUUAAAAGGAAGUAAUGGAAAGCAAGAAAGAUUAUGCAAUAUUUUAAUAUUCCAAAAAUUGUCAUGCUUGUGGAGAAUAUGGUUAAUAUUAUGAGAAUCUAGCAUUGGAAUCAUAUAAAUAAGAAAACCCUACAAUGAUUUAUGGGCGAAUGAACAAUGAUCAUAAUAAACCAUCAUGUAUUCAAGAUUUCCCUUACACUCCAGUAUUUAUGGUAUGUAAAAAAGGAAUUUAAAAUUAUCCAUAUGUUUAUAGGUAUUAUUUAUUAAAUAUAUAUAAAGAAACCAGAAAUUUACUCCUGAACUUUUAAAAAGCUUUUUCAGUGUAACUAAUGCAAUUAAUUUGAUUCCCGAAGAAUAAUAUCAAAAAUUGUAAGCAGAUAGAGCUUUAUAUAUUUAAAAUCAAUGA